ACCAUAUUUUUCUGAAUUUGCCAUGGAUUCUUCCUGGAUUUCUUCACCUAACUACCCAUUUCUCCCUUUCUCCACUGAUUUCCUUCUCACUUGGAUUCCGGUCCUAGGAAGAGGAAAUAUUCAUGGAGUCGAAGUUCAGUUUGAAGAAGGGAGUCUACGGUUUCUUCACUGUGCAAGUUUGUCUGGUGACCAAAGAAACGGAGAGCAGUAUUGGGUGGAAUUUAGAUCGGGUUAACAACCGUUUGUUUUUGGGGAUUCAAGAAACUGCAAGACUGCUACUUCAUUUGAACUCAUCAGCAUUGAAUUUGGCAAGAUCGUUGAGUUCAAUUGUAAAUGGGACUGAACUAUCAUUUGCUGCAAUUGAAAAAAAGAUUGCACCAACAUUGUUUCUAGCACUGUCAACCAUCCCCCAAAUAUCACAGGUUUCUUUUACAGGAUCGGAAGGCUUGUCAUUCUCAUAUUACAAAGACAGGGGUCAAACACUUGCUGUGUUCUCUAAUUCUUCGUCACCUUCCCACUGGUAUACCAAGCUAGUGAAUCCUGACACGGGCAAGUUUUAUGGAAAAGCUGUGGCUUCACCUCCUAGACAACAAACAAGCUGGUUCCUUCAAGCCAUAACAAGACCUAAUGGGUACUCUUCACUAGGGACAGGAUGGAACAAAGCUCAAGAUAGGCUUUUUGUUCGUAGUGUUGCUAUGGAUGGAGAGGGUGUUAUAUCUAUUGGAUUCCCUGUUAAAGUGGUCGUUGAUCAUUUUGCAGUGUUAGAUUUUCACGAUGGAGAUUUUUACUUGGCUACUGCAGCUGGGGAUGUGAUUGUGCAGUCAAGGCUUCCUAAUGCUCAAAUAGUUGUGAAUGACAGCAUAAUUUCUGUUCAGACAGUAAAGCAGAAUGGUCAACCCUUAAGUUAUCUUGGUAAUAGGUCCUGCGAUAGUGGUGAAGUUAGACAUUUUAUGGGCAGAAUUAUGGGAAUCAAGUACAAUUUUUACUGCUCAGCUCUUGAGAUUGCUGGAGUUCAUUUGGUGUAUUUAUUGUCUUUUCCCAAUGAUGGAAUAGCAGGCCUUGUCGAAAAGAACAGCAGGCUAGCUGCAAGACGAGAAAUGUUCUUGUGUGCAGCCUUUGUAAAGCAAUUGAAUGCGACACAACAGGCAGAGCGCAAGAGCAUGUUCAAAACUAGGGCCUACACAAGGGCAAAUCAUGAUGUUUGUGGUUCUUUGGCAGUAAUUUCUGGUUGGCUAGAGCUUUGUCACAAUGAUGCCGAGUCAAAUUCCGAGUUAGCAUCAAAUUUGGAACUCUUAAAGGCUUGUACAAGGGACCUCCUAGAUAUAUUGAAUUCAGCUCUAAAGAUCAGUAAAAUUGAAGCUGGAAAAAUGGAUCUAGAAGAAGAAGAAUUCAACCUGGCUCAACUCCUUGAGGAUGUUGUUGAUAUGUUUUAUCCUGCCGGUAUAAAGAAACUUGUUGAUAUCGUGCUUGAUCCUUGUGAUGGUUCCAUUCUCAAAUUCCCUAUUGUGAAAGGUGAUCGUGUAAAGCUCAAGCAGAUUUUAUGCAACCUACUCAGCAAUGCUAUCAAGCAUACAUUUGAAGGUCACAUCUCUGUUCGUGCGAUUGUCAAGAAAAAGAGUUUUGAAAAAGACAUUAUAUCUUAUAAUAGGAAUAGGUGUUUGUCAUGGCUGUUUUGCAAGGACAAGGAGCACCUGGAUGAUUUAAAUGCUCUUCAUAAAGCUGAACAUGAUCCCAACAAAAUGGAGUUUGAAUUUGAGGUUGAUGAUACUGGUGUGGGAAUUCCCAAAGACAAGCAAGAAUCAAUUUUUGAAGAAUAUUUUCAGGUGAAGGAAACAAAUCCGGGAGAAGAAGAAGGCUGUGGAUUGGGACUAGGCAUUGUUCAGUCCAUUGUACGUCUAAUGGAUGGAGAGAUAAGAAUUGUUGGGAAAGGUGCUGAAGAGAAGGGAACUUGCUUUAGGUUCAGUGUUCUACUCACCACAUGCCAACCUGAGUCAGAUGACACUGAAGAAGACUCUGCAAGAGUAAAUUAUCAGCAUCUUUCAUUUAUGAGAAAUCUUGCCGCAUACAAACCGGAGGGAUCUCAUGUGAUGCUGUAUAUAACUGGCGAAGAACGAAGAAGAGUUCUGAAGAGGUAUUUUGAGAGCUUAAGUAUAAAGGUGACAAUAAUAACACAAGAGAAAAGUCUCUACCGACAGCUUGAAAUGAUAAAACAGAAGUUGGAUCCUUCUCAUCAUGUUCCCUCAAGAGAUUCUGGUUCAUCGAUUAAUGAUGCACAAAGCAUCAGAGAUGGAAAUGACAACAUUUUGCUGAACCUCAGAAAGUCCAAUUCCAGAAGUUCAAGUUUGAUGCUGAUAGUAAUUGAUUCCUGUGCUGGCAAUUUUGGUGAAUUAUGUUCUGCUGUCUCUGACUUCAAGAAAGACAUUCCCAACCACUUGUGUAAGAUUGUCUGGUUGGAUAAUCCUGUCACACGUUCAACCGAGGUUCAAGCAAUGAGGAUUACACCUCCUUGUGAUUGUGUUAUGAACAAACCCUUUCAUGGAUCACGUUUAAUUCAAGUACUGAAACUGCUUGCUGAGCGUAAGGCCACCUCUCAACGCAACUUCCCAAGUUUAUCACAUGGAGCAACAGCUCAAGAGGCUCUGCCUUCUGUUGUGAAGAACAGUCCAUCUGGGUUAAGCAGCUUGGAGCCUGAGCUUGGGGUUGCUUCUUCAUCCCAAGAAACUGCAUUGCAGCAGAUAGUGAUACAGGAGGCUGAUGAAAAAAGCAUUGAGAAACCAUUGUCUAGGAAGAAAAUUCUGGUUGUUGAAGACACACUGGUAGUGCAGAAAUUGACAGUUGCUUGCCUCCGCAAACUAGGAGCAGAUGUUGAAGCCUGUGCAAAUGGAAAAGAGGCCUUCGAUAAAAUCUGCAACAUUUUAAGAGAUCAAAAGGAGAGAGGAUCUCAGCAAUUUCUGCCUUAUGACUGUAUCCUCAUGGAUUGUGAGAUGCCAGUACUGAAUGGAUAUGAGGCAACGAGACUGAUAAGAAGGGAGGAACAACUUUAUGGAAUCCGAAUUCCGAUUAUUGCAUUAACUACUUCUGAUGAUGGAACAAAGAUUACUGAGGCCGGAAUGGAUUUUCACUUAAUUAAGCCAUUGAAAGCUGACAAGUUUCUGGAACUCGUCCAAAUUUUAGAGCCAAGUGCAUCAUUCUGAUAGGUUAAUUCAUUUUUCCCAUCUCAUUUUCACCAAACAGCGUCAAUAAAUAUUUUGAUUUUCA